UACUCUUCUGGAAACUGAAUAAAGAACACUGGUGAAACUUUACACAAAAGUUUUCUCUACAACUAUUCGGUGUGAGUUGGGACAGAUGAAUAGAGAAGUGGUUCCCCUUUGCCGUAUAUCUGCUUUUGAACAGAGCCAGUCUGCACUCUUUUGUUUUCACUUUCAAUGGUCUUUGUUUGCUUGUUUGAGAAGCUCUCGAGCUCAGGAUCAUUCUGAUUGGCUCUCCUCUAGGACACCGAUGACGCAGGCAGGAUCUGAUUGGUUGGCACGAAGAAGUCUGUCCCACUCCGGCAAGUUUUUCUCCAAGUUAUACUUUGUCUCUGGAAGCAAAGUUGAAUGAGUUUGAAAGCUGCGAGAGUGUGAGGAGCAGCCGAAUCACAGCCAAGAUGAAGCUGUGUAAAACAUUUCUCGAGAAUGAGUUCCACGGGCAGCUGCUGAGUCAGAGGUGGACAAAAGGGGAUCGGAUCAGCAGCUGGGCGAGCAAGAGGAGCAAAAGAAUCAAAAUGAGCCAAGACACAGAGGAGAAAAGGACACGGACCCGCUCCAAAGGCAUCAGAGUUCCUCUUGAGCUAGUGGGACAAGAAUACAGUUGUCCGACUCCAGGAUGUGAUGGUUUGGGUCAUGUCAGUGGAAAAUAUGCUCGACACAGAAGUGUAUUGGGUUGCCCAUUAGCAAAAAAAAGGAAACUCCAGGAAGCAGAAGAGAACCAGUCAGUCUCUAAGAAGAGGCCGAAUCCCCUGAAGCUGGCAAUGGAUGAUGGGUUCAAUGCAGACAGUGAUACAAACAGUGAAACUGAACCAAAGGAUGAAGCAGUAGAGUCUGACGAAGACACAGCAGAGAAAGAGGAAGAGCCUAAGAAGAAGGAUCAUACAUCAGACCUGCCAUUGCCAGAAGUCAUUUCACAAGAGGAACCUGAAGAUAAAAACACAGAAGUCAAAGACAUUUCUAUUCCAGCACCUGAAGAGGAGUCUAAAAAAGAACACCUUGAGCCUGAAGCGACUCCCAUCCAACAAGUGACUGUGGAGACUGAAAGCGAUGAGGGCCUUCAAGUUGCUGCAGAGAUCCAGGCCGGAGAAGAGGAGGAGGGAGAUGGAGCAGAAGAGAUGACAGAAGAAGAAAGAAUGACUCAGCAGCUAAAAGCCACUGAUGACCCUGAGCAGAUAUCAGAAGAAGAUGGUGAGGAAGAAGAAGAAAAUGAUGAGGAACAUGAGACCCAGUGCUCAAGUCAGAAGAACAAUUCAGACCACCAGUACUUCAGUGGAGACUUCAACAAAGUCCAGGCCAAAGAAACCGAUGAGAAAUUGAACGAUCAGGAAGAUGAUAUUGAUGAAAUGGAAGAGGAGGAGGAGGAGGAGGAGGAGGAAGAGGAGCAGGAACAGGUAGAGCCCAGACCCUCUCCCAGCACUGUAGCCACCAACUUCUCAGCUCAGGUAUCAGAACCAGAUGCCAUGAUGAAUAGUGGUGAGAAACCAGACACUCAUUUAAGUGAGGAUGAGGAAGAAGAGGAAGAAUAUGAAGAGGAGCGAGAAGAUGCAUCUAACAAACCCUCACCCACAGUGGUCAUAGAGUUGCAAUCUGACGAUGAGGAAGAGGUUGAGGAGGAAGAAGAGGAUGAUGGUGAGGAUGAAGGGGAAGAAGAGGUAGAUGAAGCAGAAGAUGAGGAAAUGGACAGCGUGUCUCACAGGUCAGAAGUGACGGAUGAGUCUGAGACAUAUGACAUGACACGGGGAAAUCUGGGGCUGCUAGAGCAGGCCAUCGCACUGAAGGCUGAGCAGACAGCACGCAGUUCUGAGGAGAGUCGCUCUCCUGAGCAGCAGAGCUACCACAGUGCAGAUGAGAGGAGCAGCAAGAUGGCUGAAAACACACCACGCAGGGGAUACUAUGGUAAAGAAGGGUCCAGAUCAGAGAAGAAGGAAGUAAAGUGUCCAACACCAGGAUGUGAUGGGACAGGUCAUGUGACUGGACUGUACCCUCACCAUCGAAGCCUUUCUGGGUGCCCACAUAAGGACAGGGUACCACCUGAAAUCUUGGCCAUGCACGAGAAUGUGCUGAAAUGUCCAACACCUGGGUGCAAUGGCCAAGGCCAUGUCAACAGCAAUCGUAACACACAUCGCAGUUUAUCUGGCUGCCCAAUUGCUGCUGCAGGGAAACACUCAAAGAAUUAUGAGAAGCCAUCUCAGACCCAGGCUUCAGUCAGUGAGCAAGCUGUUGGCGGUUCUAAUUCAGACAGAGUACUCAGACCCAUGUGUUUUGUGAAGCAGUUGGAGAUUCCUCAGUAUGGUAGCUACAGGCCUAAUGUGGGACCGGCCACUCCACGAGCCAACCUGGCAAAGGAGUUAGAGAAGUACUCCAAGGUGUCCUUUGACUAUGCAAGCUUUGAUGUGCAGGUGUUUGGGAAGCGCAUGCUUGCCCCAAAGAUGCCUGCCAGUGAAACCUCACCUAAAGCCUUCAAAUCAAAACAAUUCCCUGAAGCUUCCUCCCCGAACCAGAACUUAUCUGGAGGCUACACCAAGAGCAGCUCUUCCUCCACGUCCAGCGGAUAUGAUUAUACCCAUGAUGCCGAGGCUGCACACAUGGCUGCCACUGCCAUCCUUAACUUGUCCACACGCUGCUGGGAAAGGCCAGAGAACCUCAGCACCAAACAUCAGGAACAGACCAGCAAAGAUUUGGAUAUUGAGGUUGAUGAGAAUGGCACCUUGGACCUCAGCAUGAAGAAACCCAAAAGAGAGGGUGUGAGGUCACCUGACCCUUCUUCCUCAUCGUCAUCUUCCUCACAACAGCAUGGAGUCACCUCACCUCACUCAGGCCACGCCUACAAAAUAGAAGAGUGGGAGGGGCCAAUAGACUACACCAAGACCACCCGACAGAAGGAGGAGGAGCCUGAGGAGGUGGAUUACGCCACACAGUCUUAUGCUUCUUCUGAUGGAGAGGAUGAUGAUGUAACACAAGAGGGUCUGGAGGACAGGAAGUACCCUGGUGAGGUCACCACUUCCAGCUUUAAGGUUAAGCUCCCAUCCAAGGACAACAAGAAAGAGCUCCUGCUAUGUCCCACCCCAGGAUGUGAUGGCAGUGGUCAUAUAACAGGAAACUAUGCAUCUCAUCGCAGAUGUCCCACUCCAGGCUGUGAUGGAUCAGGACACAUCACUGGAAACUAUGCUUCACACAGGAGUUUGUCUGGCUGUCCUCGUGCAAAGAAGGGAGGAGUGAAAACAACCCCCACCAAGGACGACAAGGAAGAUUCAGAGUUGAUCAAGUGCCCAGUUCCUGGCUGUGAUAGUCUGGGUCAUAUCAGUGGGAAGUACGCCACUCAUCGCAGUGCCUAUGGGUGUCCGCUGGCAGCACGCAGACAGAAGGAGGGCCUGAUGAACGGCACACCUUUCUCCUGGAAGUCCUUUAAGACAGAGGGCCCGACCUGCCCCACUCCAGGGUGUGACGGCUCAGGCCACGCCAAUGGCAGCUUCCUCACUCACCGCAGCUUGUCAGGUUGUCCAAGAGCUUCUGCUAACAAGAAAAGAGCAAGGUUCCCCGGGGAUGACUAUAUCAGCAAGAAAUUCAGGGCAAGUGAUGUUCUUGAUAAUGAUGAAGACAUAAAGCAGCUGAACAAAGAGAUCUGUGAGCUCAAUGAGUCAAACUCGGAGAUGGAGGCAGACAUGGCCAACCUACACACGCAGAUCUCAUCAAUGGAGAAGAAUCUGAAGAACAUGGAGGAGGAAAAUAAACUAAUUGAAGAGAAAAAUGAAGCUCUGUUCAUGGAGUUGUCUGGCCUGAGCCAGGCUCUUAUCCGUAGUUUGGCCAACAUACGCCUCCCGCAGAUGGAGCCGAUCAGUGAACAGAACUUCGAUACCUAUGUGGACACUCUGACCCACAUGUUCAGCAACAAAGAGUGCUAUCAGAACCCUGCAAACCGAGCCCUGCUCGAAUCCAUCAACCAGGCUGUCAAAGGCAUUGAGGUGUAAACACCAGCUGGGAUCGAACACACAGCAGGAAAGAGCAUGAACACCAUGAGAACACCAGAACACACUGUGGCUUGUAAAACAGACCAACAAUAUUUGCGCACUGUUAAAGGACAUUCAGGUUUUGUAUGUGAUGAUGAAGAGCACAGCGAGGCCCUGUGCAGUUUAAAGAGAUGGACCAAAUUCGAAAAUCCAAUCUUGCUGCUGUACCAGUUCAACAUGACCCAAAAAGUCAGUUGUGCACAGUGCUUAAGUGGGUUUUUUUUUUUGGAGAUCACCUCUUAUUAGUGACCAGCUCACACCUGUCCCAGUCUGCCUUUCUUACUCUUCUCAGCGAAUGGAAGUUGUCAUGAACAAGCUGCCAGAGUGUGUGUGUGUGUGUGUGUGUGUGUGUGUGUGUGUGGGUACAUAUAUGUGUGCGGUUGACAUUUAAUGUCUGCAGGUACUUUUAGGAUUCCUGGCAUCCCCUUUAUGGAUCACGAUUAGGCUGCAGCACUGCUGUUGUUUGUAUGAUGUGUGAUGAUGUUGUCUCAUAUUUGGUGGAAACUGGUUCCUGUCUCAUUUAGAAAUGGUCAUAGUAUUUGAAAAACAUAGAUAUUGCACUUCCAUAAUAGUUUGUAGUUUUGUUAUCUUAUUGUUAUUGUUAUUACUAUUUAAAUUAGAUCAUUGAUAUGUUUAAUUUAUUAUUUAUUCAUGCUUGGGUGAUUAUUUGGUUUAUUUAUUUGUCAUUGUCUAUUUAAGAGCUUAUUUAUUUUACAACCACAAAAUUCUAUAAGCAGCUUUUUAACAGUCAAUAUAAGGAGAAAAGUUGCCCUCUUGUGUUAAGAGGCAAUAUUUAAAAAAAUAAUAAUAAUAAAAAAUCCACUGCAAGUGUUUUAUAAACCUUCGUAUUUAUUUCAAAGACAGAGAUUUUUAAUCUCUUUUUUAAGUGCAAAUAUUUUUUAUCAAUUUUUAUAUUAUUUUCUAAUAUUCUCUUUUAUUUAAUGAGUUUUGUUUUCCAUAAAAGUAUUUUGACACCCUCCACAGUGAAGUGGGUUGG